GCCUGCCUCCCUCCCUCCCUCUCACACACCCUCUCUCCCUCAGAGAGACCAAUCAAAGGGACCUCUUAGGCCUUUCCCCCCAAGUUGUAGGAGACCGAGCUUUUUCUCUCACUCAGAGUUGUGUCCGCCUCUUGGUGCUGCUAUCUCUGCCUCAGGCCUGGGAGCCCUGCUCCUAACUGCUGUCCAUCUUCCUCACCCAGCAGGCCAAGAGACAAGGUUGAACCAGGAGAAAACUUUGUAAGCAGCGGGUGGACCAGGAGGGCUUGCCCCUUCCUUUGCUUCCUAACGCGCUCCUCGAACUCAGUCCUUAGAGGGACAAAUCCUCAGAAAGACUACAAGCUAGACAGGCCCUCCUGAGCCUGGAGACUUCCAUCAAGGAUGCUCUAGGACUGCCCUUGUCCCUUCCACUGCUGGUCCUCUGGGCCAACUGGUCCCUGUGUGCCCCCAGCCACUCCUGCUGCCUGGAGCCCCUUCUGCUGGGGCCAAGGGAGGCGACUUUGGAGACAGACUGGGUGUUUGUGAGCAGGCACUGACCAAGGCAAAGCCAAGAGAAGACUGAGGCCAUAAAGGAUAUAAAGGCAAGGACAGGCCCCAGCUGGGCUCCAGUGUGAGAGCCAGUGUUGUCUCCAGGUCUGAAGAUGCUUUCUGUCUUCUCAGGUUGGCUGUGGCUGUUGCUAUUAUUGCCUGAGGCUAAGGCACUGAAGAUAACACCCCAUGGCUCAGAGUUCAUCCUCAACCUCUCCAGCACCUUCGUCCUGACUUGCACAGGGGAUGCCCCAGUGGCUUGGGAAAAGAUUCCUCAGCAGACUCCACCACCUGUUCUUGAGGCCCAGGAUGGCACCUUCUCCAGCAUCUUGACCCUCACUAAUGUCACUGGCCUUGACACAGGAGAGUACAUCUGUUCCUACAAUGGCUCCCAAGGGCUGGAGUUUGGUGGGCAGAAGCGGGUCUACAUCUUUGUGCCAGAUCCCUCUGUGGGCUUUCUCCCAGUGGAUCCUGAGGAGUUGUUCAUCUUCUUCACGGGAGACAGUGAGACAACAAUCCCAUGCCGAGUGACUGACCCAAAGUUAGUGGUGACACUGCAUGAGAAAAAGGUGGAUGUGUCAUUGCCUGUUCCCUAUGACCACCAGCGUGGCUUCACUGGCCCCUUUGAAGACAAGACCUAUAUCUGCAAAACCAUCAUUGAUGAGAAAGAGGUCGACUCUGAAGCCUAUUAUGUCUACCGUAUCCAAGUCUCAUCCAUUAAUGUCUCUGUAAAUGCAGUUCAGAGUGUGGUGAGGAAGGGUGAGAACAUCACUGUGCUCUGCAUCGUGAAGGGUAAUGAGGUGGUGAACUUUGACUGGACCUACCCUCGAAUGGAGAGCAAGAGACUGGUGGAACCAGUGACAGACUUCCUGUCAGGGUUAGAGUAUGACAUCCGCUCCAUCCUGCAUAUUCCCAGUGCUGAGCUAGGAGAUUCUGGUACCUAUGUCUGCAAUGUCUCAGAGAGCUACAAUGGUCACAGGGAUAUGAAAGGAGUCAAUAUCACUGUAAUUGACAAAGGGUUUGUGAGGUUUUUGGGGGAGCUGGAUGACCUGGAGUUUGCUGAGCUGCACAAGAGUCGGACAUUACAGAUGUUCAUCGAAGCAUACCCUGCACCCACCAUUGUAUGGCUCAAGGACAACCAAACACUGGGCUCUGGUACUGCCAGUGAGAUCUCCAUCUCCACCAGGAAUCUGUCUGAGACAAGGUACGUGUCAGAGCUGACUCUAGUAAGGGUGAAGGUGAAUGAAGGAGGUUAUUAUACCCUUAGAGCCUUCCAUGACGAUGCUGCUGAUUCAUUCUCAUUCCAGUUGCAAAUCAAUGUUCCUGCUAAGGUGAUAGAUCUGAGUGAGAGCCACCCCAGCAGUGGGGAGCAACUCCUCACCUGUCGCAGCCAGGGAAUGCCACAGCCUGUCCUUAACUGGUUCAGUUGCAAUGAUUUUAAGAGGUGUCCCCGUGAUGUUCUGCCUACCUUCCUGGGGAACAGUUCCAGUGAGGAAGCCCAGCUGGAAACCAAUGUGACGUACUGGGAGCAGGAGAAAUUGUUUGAGGUAGUCAGCAUCCUGAGUUUUCAACGUGUGGACCAGCCCCUCUCCGUCAUCUGUGAAGUACACAACCUCCUGGGGAGAGACAGCAAGGAAGUCACCAUUGUUCCACACUCCCUGCCCUUCAAGGUGGUUGUCAUCUCAGCCAUCCUGGCAUUAGUGGUCCUCACAAUCAUUUCCAUGGUCAUCCUUAUCAUUCUGUGGCAGAAGAAACCCCGCUAUGAGAUCCGGUGGAAGGUGAUUGAAUCUGUGAGCUCUGAUGGGCAUGAGUACAUCUAUGUGGAUCCCAUGCAGCUGCCCUAUGACUCCAGCUGGGAACUGCCCCGAGAGCGACUUGUGCUCGGCCGAACACUUGGCUCUGGGGCCUUUGGGCAAGUAGUAGAGGCCACAGCGCAUGGACUGAGUCACUCCCAGGCCACAAUGAAGGUUGCUGUCAAGAUGUUGAAAUCCACUGCCCGUAGUAGUGAGAAGCAGGCCCUUAUGUCUGAAUUGAAGAUCAUGAGCCAUCUUGGACCCCACCUGAAUAUUGUCAACCUGCUGGGGGCAUGUACCAAAGGAGGUCCCAUCUACAUCAUCACAGAAUAUUGUCGUUAUGGAGACCUCGUGGACUACCUACAUCGAACCAAACACACAUUUCUGCAGCAUUGCCCUGAGAAAGGAGGGCCUUACCAAUCCUCAGAGGUCCUGGACCAUCCUGAACAUCAAUUGCACAGACAAACAUCACUAUCAGGGGAGAGUGAUGGAGGCUACAUGGACAUGAGGAAGGAUGACUGUGUGGACUAUGUACCAAUGCUGGGCAUGAAGGGAGAGAUCAUGUAUGUGGAUAUUGAAUCUUCCAACUAUAGCUCGCCCUAUGAUAGCUACGCACCCUCAGUUCCUGAGAGAUCCUACAGGACAACCCUGAUCAAUGAGUCCCCUAUCCUCAGCUACAUGGACCUUGUGGGCUUCAGUUACCAGGUGGCCAAUGGCAUGGAAUUCCUGGCUUCCAAGAACUGUGUUCACCGAGACCUAGCAGCCAGGAAUGUACUUAUCUGUGAGGGCAAACUUGUCAAGAUCUGUGACUUUGGCCUGGCCCGGGACAUCAUGCGUGACUCCAACUACAUCUCCAAGGGCAGUACUUUCCUGCCCCUGAAAUGGAUGGCUCCAGAGAGCAUCUUCAACAGCCUGUAUACCACCUUGAGUGAUGUGUGGUCCUUUGGUAUCCUUCUCUGGGAGAUCUUCACCCUAGGUGGCACCCCUUACCCAGAAUUACCCAUGAAUGAGCAGUUCUAUAAUGCCAUCAAGAGAGGUUACCGUAUGGCCAAGCCCACCCAUGCCUCAGAAGAAAUCUAUGAAAUCAUGCAGAAGUGCUGGGAGGAGAAAUUUGAGAUUCGACCUUCCUUCUCUCAGCUGGUCAUUCUGAUGGAGGGCCUUCUGGGGGAGGGCUACAAGAAGAAGUACCAGCAGGUAGAUGAAGAAUUUCUGAGGAGCGAUCACCCAGCCAUUCUUCGUACCCGAGCCCAGCUCCCUGUAUUUAGUGGCCCAAGGGGUCCCCUCGACACCAGCUCUGUCCUCUACACAGCUGUGCAGCAGAAUGAGGGGGACAAUGAUUACAUCAUCCCCCUGCCUGACCCUAAGCCUGAAGGACCUGAUGCAGCCCCACUGGAGAGUUCCCACAGCCUUGCCAGCUCUACCCUUAAUGAGGCCAACACAUCAUCCACCAUCUCCUGUGAUAGCCCCCUGGAGCUGCAGGAGGAAUUAGACCCAGAAUCAGAGGAGCCGGAAACAGAGCCAAAGCCAGAACCAAAGUCAGAGCCAGAGCCGGAGCCAGAACCUGAACCCAGGCCAAUCUUGGAUCACCAGGAUCAGGGGCAGCCAGAGAUGGAGGAUAGUUUUCUGUAGCUGGAACUACCCAGGAGAAGAGCAGGCAACCCCAGCCCUGCCCCUGCUCUAUUGAACCUCCUCUCUAUUUCUUCUUCCCAGAUGAAUGUUGGCCUCCCUCGGGGGUGGAGAGGAGAAAAGAGGUGAUGGCUGGCCCUUUUCUUUAUGGGAUAGAAGACUUCUAGCCCCAAUGUGGCAGGGAUUGGUCUGCCUUGAGCCCCCUGGGCUCUUCCCCAAUGUCUUUCCUUGGGAAGAGGAAGGCAAAGGGCUUUUGCAGAGACUCCAGCAAUGACUGUGGCUGCCUGUUCCCCUGUCCCUUCCUAUUUCAACCAACCACAGUCUCUGCCUGAGACUUCUCUGGGGAAAUGAGGGGAUUUCUAAUCCUGUUGAGGGAACAGGAGGACAUUAGUGAACACCAAUCAGCGCUGGAAUAAGGCUAUUAAAAUAUAGAGGAAGGUGUGAGCAGGGUAAGGAGUCCAUCAUCCCACCAGACCACCUCAGCCUCUGGCUUUCAGACUUACUUAGGAGUAGAGCCACAUGGUGGCAAUGCCUUAAGGCUCCUAGCAACUGUGCCUUCUGCCUGAGUCACUGGGUGGCGAUGACUCUGCCUGCACUGGAACUGUCUGCCUCUUGGGAAGAAGAAAAUUUUGAGGAGGGAAGAGGAGGGUCCCUCUAGACUUGACCCUGGUGGAGUGAGAAGGGCAAAGGACGUGGGGUCCCAGGAUGAACAUUAUUCUGUGUGGUCCCCAGCUCAUCUCCCAAGGAUUAGGUGAUCUCCACAGUCUCUUAACCUUUCCUAGAGGCUCAGCUGUGUAGGUACCCACAGAAGUCUCUUCUCCGUGGAAGAGAAGAAAAGUACAUUAGAAACAGUCAACUUUGAACUCUUCGCCUCAGUCCUCCUGCUCUCAUGCCAGCUGGCCUGGCCACUGCCUUCGUAUUUUCCCUUUGAUAUCUGACUGAGGAUCUAUAGAAGGGGACUGUCUUCAUGCUCCUUAGGUUUCUCAUGUUUCCCCUGGUGACCCUAGUUCAUCCCUACCCAACCCCACGCCACCCCCAUCACCACGGGGUGAGCCAAAACAGGACUGAUGGGUGGUUGUUUCAGGAAAGAUCUGAGCUCGAUCCAAGGUAGAAUUUAGUGAUCAUAACUGUCCAACCAUGUAGCAGGCUGCCUCAGGGAGUCCUUAUCUCCAGAUCACUGUGCAUGUUGGGAAUAGACUGGAAGAACAUCCAGCAGGGAUGAUGGAAAGAGGAUCCCUGCAGGGGAUGGACAAUUGGCCGAGAUGGUUUCUGAAGUCCCUACCAAGUCUCAGAUACGAAGUUUCCCUUUAAUGGGUCACUGAACUAAGGGGCUCUUAGCAGAGCCAUGUUACCAAGGCCGUUUUCUCUGCCUCACCUAGGGCCUGGGAAAAUCUUGGGUUCUGGGGAGUCAAGAUAGGGAAGCCUGCUUAAAAACUACAGAACCCACCUCUAGUGCUUAUCACCUGGUUUACCUUGGACAAGCCAUUUAGUUUACUUGUGCCUCAGUUUCCUCUACUAUAAAAUGAGAAGGUUGAACUAAAUGGCCCUCAAAAACCGUUCUAACUCUCAAGCUAGAUGAUUCUGGAUAAUCUCCCAUGCACAUGGGCCCUAUGUCCUUGGACAGAGUCAGGGCCUCCCAUCCAGUCGGGUAGCCCCCUUAUUCAUCAGCCUCUAGUUUUCCUGACCAUGUAACUGGGUGAUGUCCUUGAUUAUCUCCAUCCAUUCACAAGGAACAGUGGCUACAUUUGGGACUGAAAUUAGGAAUUAUUGUUCUAUGUGGCUUCUUCCUACCAUUCCACGUCUUCCACCAGAGCAGCUUCACUUUAGGCUCCUGCUUCCCCAUCUCUCGGGCCAGUUGGGGGCCCUGGGCUUAGAAAGUCUCAACACCAGGCAAACAAAAGGUGGGGUGUGGACUUCCCCUCUACCUGAGCCCUCUGAGGACAUUUGACAUAUGGGCACAUGUUCUCAUGUUCCCAAGAUGUUUUAACUUCAUCCAGGCUCACAAGGAGGAAGAUUUCACAUUAACAAGGGAUUAGAUUUUGGGAGAACCCAUGAUUUUGCCUGCUUCCCUGACUCCUAGAGUCUACUCUUUGGCUAGCCUGCUGGUGUCCUCUCUUGGCCAAGGCUUUUCUUGGGACUGCAAAACUCAGAUCUACACUAGAAAAUGUGUUUCAAGACAUCUGACAGCCCUGACCUGGACUCUUUCCUCCCCUCCUCCAUUAACCUGCUCCACAGAGGAGGGCUGCAUAUGGGGGGCCUGCUUUGUAUAAUACUUGGUUUUUAAUCUAUGAGCACAAAGAGACAAGAAUCAAUACAGUCUGCCCAUUCCUUCUCCCUGAGUGCAGUGGCAAUGCUGGGACAAGUGGGUUAGGGUUUCCCUGGCCCUCUUGGCUAAUGAUGAAGGAUAUGACUGAGACAGCCUGGAGGGCCCAGCGCAUGGGGUAGUGCUUGUCUGAUGGACUCAUUUGCCCAUUGAAGUUAGAGUGGGAUUUGUAGCAGAGAACUCUUACUAUUUCCAACCCCUUCAGCUCACCAGGGUCCCCUCUUUUGACCCAUGCUAAACCUAGACCAAGAAGAUUUUUUAAAGCCAGGAUUUCCUUAGUAAAAAAUGUAUUCCCACUGACUAGAGGCAGGGAACUGUCCCAGCUAAGACAAAACAAUUGUCUUCUGGGUGUGGAUUAGAUAGUGGUCAGGGAGUAAGGACAGUAGAUGAACGGGAUGUAGGUAGCUAACUUGGCUGGAUAUACCAGCACACGAAUACAUGCACAUAGGAAUCUCCUCCCCUCCCCUUCCCUCCAGGCUCCCCCAACCCAAAACAAUCUUCUUGAGGAGCCCGGAAAGAUGACUGGGCAGGGACUAGCCCUGAGCAAACCCAUUCAGAGCUUCUCAGUUCUCUGUACCUGAGCCCUUGGAGGGAUGCCUGACUCUGUCAGUCUGUAUUUAGACAGGGAGGGAACCAUGGGUGGGAGGGAAGGCAAUGGGAGGGCACUAAGGUACCAAAGAUACCACCACCGCUAGCUUAAAGGUGUAUGCUUAAGACUCACAAUAACUCACAUUUAAACAACCGAGAUACUAUUUUUUACACACUCAACUUUACAUAUCUGUAUAUGUUUUUGUUUUUGUUCUUUUUUAAAGGAAAGGUUUCAGUAUUAAACAUGGUGCUCUGGA